AAACCAAAAUGGCGGCCCUUGGUGGUAUAGCGGGAUCAGAGAAUCGACUUAUAUCCUUUUUUCAAAGGACAAAAGCACUUCUUGCAGAAGCGGAACAAUACAUUUCUAUAUUUCCAUCUAUUGAAAACAUAGAUGAAAUAGAAAUGUUACACGAAAGGCUGUCUGAGGCUGGAGAAACUGUUUUUAUUUUGAAAGAGAAGGCUGCCGAACUCACUAGCGCGGAUCGUGAUUUGGAAAUGGGAAACUUUUAUAGCAACAUGGAUCAGCUGUCCUUAUACUUGACAAGACUCCGAGUAUAUUUUGAGAAUAUAGCAGAUGAUUUAAGUGAAAGCACAGUGAAUGUGCCAGCUCACCAAUGCGAAAGGAACUACACAGGUACAAGAGGUCAGCCAAAAUUUAAAGUUUCUAAAAGGCAAAUACAAUUUCUUCGAGAGUUGCACUUUCCUUGGGUCAGAAUAGCGGAACUACUCGGAAUUUCCACAAAAACUCUAACUAGAAGACGGCAGGAGUUUCAAAUUGAGGACGAGGGGGAGGUUAACUGGUCUUCACUUAGGAAUGGAGAACUAAGAGAAAUCAUGCAAGAAAUAAUGACUGUUACCCCUGGGAUUGGUCAAACCAGAAUGAUAGGUGCAUUACAUAGCAGGGGAAUAAGAGUGCAGUGA